AUGGCUGUAGUUCCAGCUGAAUCCCUUAUUCAAAAGCUAUCACCAUCACUAGCCGUUGAUCUACAUGGCGGUACGCUACUCGACGUAAAAGAGUUUGACGAGGUUGAUGAAACGGAUGGAUGUAAAGUUCACGUCACGGAAUUUCACAUCUUGUCAGCAGAUGGUCAGGAAGAGCUAACGAAAACAUGCCGAAGGAAGUUGAAAAUUGAAUGUAAUCAAAGUACGAGGAAGACUGAAAUUGCUAAUGGCCGAGAAGCUCUCAUUGAGGAGAAAACGGAGCGAUUGUUUGGUGAUAUUGAUGGGUUCCGACAGCCGAUGAUUGUUAUGGACAAGUCCAAAGCACUAAUGAAUUCGUCUGAUCCUGAGGAUGCUGCAAUCGGUGCCGUAUUGCACAAAACUCAGGAAAAAUUCUUGAACAUGUUGAAUGAGCAAAAGGAUCAGCUUGUAAGCAUGUUUCCAGAACUGUUUUCGGAAAUGAGGACCACUUCAUCGCUUUUUAGUGCGCCACAAACCGAGGUUGAAACGAUUGUCAAUCCGGAUGGCAGUACGACAACGCGCAUGCGCUCUUCGCGAUCCUACAGGUUAAUUUGA